AUGGACGUGGACGUGGACAUGGACGUGGACGUGGACAUGGACGUGGACGUGGACAUGGAAAUGGACGUGGACGUGGACAUCGACGUGGACAUGGAUGUGGACGUGGACGUGGACGUGGACGUGAACGUGGACGUGGACAUGGACGUGGACGUGGACGUGGACGUGGACAUGGACGUGGACGUGGACGUGGACAUGGACGUGGACGUGGACGUGGACAUGGACGUGGACGUGGACGUGGAGGACUUGGACGUGGACGUGGACAUGGACGUGGACGUGGACGUGGACAUGGACGUGGACGUGGACAUGGACGUGGACGUGGACGUGGACGUGGACGUGGACAUGGACGUGGACGUGGACAUGGUCGUGGACGUGGACGUGGACAUGGACAUGGACGUGGACGUGGACGUGGACGUGGACAUGGACAUGGACGUGGACGUGGACGUGGACGUGGAGGACUUGGACGUGGACAUGGACGUGGACGUGGACGUGGAUGUGGACGUAGACGUGGACGUGGACGUGGACAUGGACGUGGACGUGGACGUGGACAUGGACGUGGACGUGGACGUGGACGUGGACCUGGUCGUGGACGUGGACGUGGACGUGGACGUGGACAUGGACGUGGACAUGGACGUGGACAUGGACGUGGAUAUGGACGUGGACGUGGAAGUGGACAUGGACGUGGACGUGGAUGUGGACAUGGACGUGGACGUGGACGUGGACGUGGACGUGGACGUGGACAUGGACGUGGACGUGAACGUGGACGUGGACGUGGACGUGGACGUGGACAUGGACGUGGACGUGGACGUGGACGUGGACAUGGACGUGGACGUGGACGUGGACGUGGACGUGGACAUGAACGUGGACGUGGACGUGGACGUGGACGUGGACGUGGACGUGGACAUGGACGUGGACGUGGACGUGGACAUGGACGUGGACGUGGACAUGGACGUGGACAUGGACGUGGACGUGGACGUGGACGUGGACGUGGACAUGGACGUUGACGUGGACAUGGACGUGGACGUGGACGUGGACGUGGACGUUGACGUAGACGUGGACGUGGACGUGGACGUGGACGUGGACGUGGACGUAGACGUGGACCUGGUCGUGGACGUGGACGUGGAGGUGGACGUGGACGUGGACGUGGACAUGGACGUGGACGUGGAUGUGGACGUGGACGUGGAUGUGAACGUGGACGUGGACGUGGACAUGGACGUGGACAUGGACGUGGACGUAGACGUGGACAUGGACGUGGACGUGGACGUGGACGUGGACCUGGACGUGGACGUGGACAUGGACGUGGACGUGGACGUGGACGUGGACAUGGACGUGGACGUGGACAUGGACGUCAACAUGGACGUGGACAUGGACGUGGACGUGGACGUGGACGUGGACAUGGACAUGGACGUGGAAGUGGACGUGGACAUGGACGUGGACGUGGACGUGAAUGUGGAUGUGGUCGAAGACGUGGACGUGGACGUUCACGUGGUUGUGGACGUGGACGUGGACGUUGACGUGGACGUGGACGUGGACGUGGUCGUGGACGUGGAGGACUUGGACGUGGACAUGGACGUGGACGUGGACGUGGACGUGGACGUGGUCGUGGACAUGGUCGUAGACGUGGUCGUAGACGUGGACGUGUACGUGGACGUGGACGUGGACGUGGUCGUGGACGUUGACGUGGACAUGGACGUGGUCGUGGUCGUGGAUGUGGACGUGGUCGUGGACGUGGACGUGGAUGUGGACGUGGAGGACGUGGACGUGGAGGACGUGGACGUGGACAUGGAGGACGUGGACGUGGACGUGGACAUGGUCACGUGGACGUAG